UGUUUGUGUAUUGGCCAUUGGAGCAUCUCUCCCUCCCCUUCCUAGGUUUGCUCCCCCUGUCUCGUUCUGGUCUUCUCUUGGGGACUCUAUAUAUUCCAGGGAACACUUCAGACCUCUAUUGUUUACAGACAGAUGCCUUACACCGUAGUGUGGGAGCGUCCAAAGAGUCAGGAGGAGGGAGAUAGCACCCAGACGUUAAGGACAAGGACACGCUACAGAGUAUUUACAGCACCUCCUGCAGCUUUGGACAUCCCGCAGGUGUCCGCCUGUUGUCCCUGAAGAGUGAGGGGAGGUUCUGAUGUUUGGACACCAUGCUGCUGCUGGUGGUCUCACUGCUUCUCACGGAACUGGACUGUUUACUGGGUGCACCGACAGGUAGAGAGGUCUACAGGAUGCCACAGAGUGCACUCAAAGCUCUGUCUGAUCGAGGCACGGUGGUUCUGGAAGCAGCCAUGGCCAGCGCCCUCUCCUCUCUGGAGCGUGGCUUAUCUGAGAGAAGUCGUGCAGAGGCGGGCUGCCGGGGAUGUCUCCCCUGUCUGUUUCAGAACUGUGGACAGCUCUCAGUGUCCUGCUCAGCGUCUUCCUCCAGUGCCUUAUCAGAGCCCAGCUGUUCUGUGAUCAGCAAGGCUCAGAAGCUUCAGGGGGAGGCCGAGCGUAGCUGGGCUCUGAGUCAGGCCUGUGCGUACUACCAGCACCGCUGCCUGCCUGCUGAGCUGGAAACAGAGAGCUGCAUCAGGAUCAUGGGUGAGAGCUGCAGUGCACGGGUCCUCCAGUGCAGCCUGCUGAACACGAUGCAGAGCCUGGAGCCCUCUAUGCAGACACAUGCACAAGCAGUGUGUGGUCAGAGGUCACCCAUGAUGCAGAACACCACGCAGCCCCGCUCCAGGAUCGUAGGUGGCUCUCCAGCUCCUCCAGGCAGCUGGCCCUGGCUGGUUAACCUGCAGCUGGAUGGUGGGCUGAUGUGUGGAGGGGUCCUGGUGGACAGCGCCUGGGUGGCCACUGCUGCACAUUGUUUUGCUGGUGGGCGUGGCGAGAGCUACUGGACUGCUGCAGUGGGCGACUUUGACAUCACCAAGGCUGAUCCUGAUGAGCAGGUUCUCAAAGUCAACCGUAUCAUCCCCCAUCCAAAGUUUAACGCAAAAACCUUUAACAAUGACAUCGCUCUGGUGGAGCUGACCUCCCCAGUCGUCCUGUCCCAACACGUCAGGCCCGUGUGCCUCCCCUCUGGUGUGGAGCCCCCCACAGGUAGCCCCUGUCUAGUGGCAGGAUGGGGGUCCUUAUACGAAGAUGGCCCUUCUGCUGAUGUGGUGAUGGAGGCCAAGGUCCCCCUGCUGCCUCAGAGCACCUGCAAGAGUACUCUCGGGAAAGACGUGGUCACCAACACCAUGCUGUGUGCUGGUUAUCUCUCUGGAGGUGCAGACUCCUGUCAGGGUGAUUCUGGAGGUCCCCUGAUCUACCAGGACAGGACUUCGGGUCGUUUCCAGCUCCAUGGCAUCACCUCCUGGGGAGACGGCUGCGGGGAGAAAGGCAAGCCCGGCGUAUACACACGAGUGUCAGCGUUUGCUGACUGGAUUCAGGCUGAGAUGCAGAAAUCAUCAGCGAGCAGAGAGCCAACAUGCCCGGAGCUCCUAAAGACGACAGAAAUGACAGAGGAGGAGCAGAAGACGGAGUUUCUCUCUCUCUGUCGCUUCUAUACUCUGACCUGCCCUCCCACUCAGUCUGCAAGUGUCUGCAGCCAAAUAGCUGAAGACAAAUGUUUCACCCGCUUUAAGAAAUGCCAGUUACGCUCCUUCCUGCAGACCCUGUUAGACCUGCUCCAGAGGGCAGAGGACUACAUCAGGGACAAAGUGGACCUGACGUUCUUCACCCAGACUCUGCCUCAGCUUGUGGAGAACAUCUAUAGCUCAACUUUUACCCCCAGCCGAGAGAGAAGAGAUCUCACACAGACUACUGAAGAACAGCUAGGUGGAGCUGUGACACAUGCAGAUCAGGGUCUUCCUGGAGAUUCGUCGGCUUUAUUCAGAGACGUUGGAUCAUCAGUGGACAACUGGGAGGAACUCCUGAAAAAUGUGGCUGAUGAUCUGGAAGAGCAACGCAAGGCUGGAAUCACAGAGGCAUCCUCCACACCUGAGAGAAACGAAGACUUCCUGUUUCUACAGACUCGGGAUUCAUUUGUGCAACAGCUGGAAGGACAGUAUAAGUCUGUCAUUUUGGAUCUUCAAUCCAGAUUAAAUUCCAGAGCAGCUCCUCCUCUCCUGCAUUUGGACCCAGCCUACCUUCAAGAAGGCUCUCCCAAGAAUCCAAUGCGUCUCCCUUCUUCCAUAAGAUCAACAGUAUCACCAUCCUUGUCCACAAAACCCCAGGACCACUGGUCGUUUGUUACAGCUUUCAUGGAUGAAAUUCAAAAAAUAGAAACUCGAGAUGAGACUGAGGAAAGUGGCACGUCACAAUGGAGCAGCCCAUCUGAGGACUUCAUAUUUACGCAAAACAAAGAUGAGGUGGACCUAAAAUCUUCAACUAUACCACUCCAAGAGAAGUCUGCUGUCCAGCGAGGCCUUAAUAAGCCUCACGCAGAAACCUCCGACUCUGGACAUGCUGGCAAGCCUUUACGUCUUCACAGGAAAUCCAGGAGCCUUCUUCAAAACAGCCAGAUUCCUGCUGCCAGUGGGAGAAUUUGUCCUGGACUGAGAGAGGCUUCACAGCAAGUCAGCCAAAUCACAGAGUCCUACAGCUGGGUUCUCAACAUCCCAAACAAGAAUUUGCGGAUGACCUUCCAGGAGGUGUUAGUCGAUCUGAGCUCCAAGAAUGAUCGAGGACUCUACCAGGCACGGAUCAAAGCUGUAGUGGGAGGACGACCUUUGACCUUUUACAGCCUUGCAGGGCUGGAGAACGAAUCGUUCUACCGGAGUGUGCCGAGGAUCAUCGCUUUGGCGCUGAACUCUUUUAAGACUUAACUAAAAACAAGAGACAAUGACUAAAAUGUCUGAGAUGCACGAGAAUGGACUCAUGCAAACUUUACUUCUUCUUUUGUCGCAUAUUAUUUCCCCUCACACAGACGCUGACUAUUAGUUCUAAAUGCAGACAUGAAUGUAUCAGUCAUCAUCGGCCACGAGCCAUGACACUUUUUUUUUUGUUUAACUUAUAAAUUUGUACAAAAUAAUAAGUUAUUGCCUUUUGCAAAGGUUACGCCUGUAAAAUGCAGACUGUACAUGUUAUUUUUUAACUUUAU